GCUCAAAGCAUAUCUGCGAUCUCAUCGCUCGGACUGAGUACGGAGUUUACUUCCUCCGAUCUCUGAUAGCCACCCUUAUAGGAGGACAAUAUCGAAGGCUAAGGAACGGGGUACAUUUCGGAUCGAGUCGACUCUGCUCUCGAUUUCUCCUAUGUAAGAAAUUUCGGCCUCGAGGUGUCUGGAUCCUCGGUUUCGCUAUGGGUUUCCACAUGAGGCCACGAUUUUUGCUGGUUCAGAUUGCUGUAAUAUGUCUUGCAGCGUCUAGCGUCAUCAGUCUCGCCAAGGGCCAAUCCUUAGCAGACCAGCACCCUAAACCGCACAAUGAUGCCGGAGCCUGACCUGGAACACGAUGGAAUUGUAUGCUACUGAUUGCGCCAACACAUAGAGCAGCUGCCGCUGACGACUGCGCUCUCAGACUCUCGACUGGAGACGCUUACGAGGAGAACUUCUACAGGUCAACUGGACCGAGCAACCGAGCGGAUGCAGUACAGCUCUGGUUCAGCGAGAUGGCAGAGUACGAAGACGCAACCAACUCGUGCUCAGUCGAGUCAUGAGGUUACUACAGGUUGUGUAGACACAGCGACGUUGGGUUGCGCGUUGCCCACUUGCUCCUCUGGUGCCUUGUUCGUCAUUUGCAGGUCCGACCCCGCUGGAAACAUGGAAGGACAGCUUCCUUUACUAGACUUCCUGUCCUGCGGCUCCAAAUUUCAACGCCGACUCGAGAUUCAAAAUCAUCGAGUGACUCCAAAUUUCAUCUUUGCCGAGCCGGCGGAUAAAGAAUCAAUCUCACUACAUUCAGCCCAAACACAUCAGAUGACGAAGAUCGAAGAUAAAUAAGUGAGGGACAGGGAUGAGAAUUUGACAGAGGGCUCCCUGCUGGGAGGAUGACAGACAGCGCAUUGGGAAUCGUGAUUCAAAAUACAAUGGCACACUAAUAACUGAAUCGAUCUAUAGUAAAUCAGAUUUAGAAGAUGGAUAAAUUAGAAGGUACCACUUCAUGCAGAACUAGAUUCCCGAAACGACCGUCGUCAUUGUGAUUAGUUAUCAAUUGUUGUGAGUAGCUUGAUGCUGGGAAAGAGCUUGACGCCUCUAUUCCUAGCUGACUACAUUUUGGAAUGUUCCAUUGUAAUACAGAAAUAGGAGAAAGAGAUGCGAUUUGUGUGAAUCUUUCGGAAAACUGCAACAUUCUGAGAUAUUUUAGAACUGCACGGCGACCCUACAAUAUCUGCCAGUAAAAUCAGUUUACAAUUCAAACAAAGACUUGCAGUGGAAAACGGUUUCAGACAGGAA